AUGAUGAGUCCCUCGCAGUCUCCAGGGCCGUCCAGUCCCAGAUCAUUGCGAAUAUUGCUUCGUAAGGUGACUGCCUCGUCUCUUACGUCUUCGACUGCUUCGUCACCAAAACGGGGUAAAUUCUCUGAGACUGGAUUGCAACCAAUACCCACAUCAGCAUUGGAUGUUUUGCCACGUGAAUUGUGGGAGCGAGUCAUAUCUUUUGUACCAAAUCCUGGUACUUCACAAGACCAUCAAGUGCGCACAUUGCAUUUAACCACGAGAUAUGGAAGACAAUUGGCACUCUUGCAAACGUUUUUGCAUCAUCCUCGCCUAUUGGAUCCAUCAUUGACCAGGCAUCUCAUCAAAACGGGAACUCUUGUUCCUCGGUUCCUCGCUCAGAAUAAUAUUGGAUGGAAGGCCUUAUAUGAUAUCUAUCGAGACGAUGUUAUGGCUUUAAUCCAGAUUCGGGCUACUGAUCUUUAUGGUGAAGAUGCAAACCUGGGUGGCAAUGAUAUCGCAAUCUUCGAAGCCUUGACGAACGAUUUGGCUGCAAAUCAUCUUCAAGUCCGAGAAAUGAUAGACAAGUUUGGGUUUAUACCAAUGGAAAGGUUUUCACCAACAGCUGUUUUUCGAUUGUAUCAUCUGACUAAAUAUGACAUUUCCUUGUUGGAUUUGUUAAUUGAAAAGUAUGGAUACGACACAACCACCGUAAAUAAUCGUAUCAUGCAUUUCGCAUUGACCAACUCGAACACAUCAUACUCCCAAAUCCAAUCAUAUCUAUCUCGUGGAUUCACCAUAUCGCCAUCCGUAAUAAUAGCAGUCUUGACAGAUCACUCGGCUGCUAAUGUCGUCACCACGUUAAGCAAGAUACUACCAAUGGGACAAAUAAGACCAUAUGCAAUUGAAGUCUUGGAACAUCAAAUGGGGCCUAAUGGUGACUUUGUCGGGGAGAUAAUCGGUUCACUCAUUGAGGCCUUCUCAUUUGAGGAGGAAAUCAUUGCUCAAUCGUUGAUGAAUAAACAACGAGGACUACCUUAUCGCACUCGUAUAUAUGAUCAAACGCAUCCGUAUGUAGCAUGGAAGUGGAUCUUACAAAGGUUUGGGGCCAAUCAUCGCUUCUCGAGAGAUUGCUUCUCUGACUUCUUGAUGUGGUUGGGAGAAUUGGGAGCCAGAAUCAAACAUUAUCGACCUAGAGAAGAUCCAUGGAAGCUUCUCCUCUUCUUGUUUGAUGAGGGAUGCACGAUUGAGCCACACCACUUUAGGUUUAUAGCUAGAGCAGCACUAUGUCCUAACUCAGCUCCCCACAUGUCUCAACUCAUAGCCCGAUUCACCAUGCAUAUGACACGCUUCCCGCCCACUGAAGCUGAUCGGAGAUUGUGGAUUUCGACCAUACGAGACGAAGUAGUAGGUAACAAGGAGUAUGUCCGUCAGAUUGGGUUUACUGACUUUGCACAUUGGCAAAGAGCAGCAGCAGACCGUCGAACCACUCUAGAUAGAAGCAGCCGUAGUAGUGGCAGUAACAAAAAGGCAUCCGAACGUAGGUCUAGCUCACAAAGCAGUGGUGGAUUAGGUGGCCUAGUUGCUGAAAUCACUGGUAGUAAUAAAACCACAAAGGCUGGAGGUGCCUAUGUCGAUCACGUAUCAAUAUCAUCUCUCAUUGGAUGGAAGGUAGACAAGAACUUGAGGCCGUCUCAUUUUGUGGAUGAAGCCACGGAGCUUGUGCAUGUGCUUCAAGCUACCAAGAAGAAGCGCUCCUCCUUCUCUCGAAUCAGAACUGGGUAG